AUGACUAAUUCGUACUUAACCGACAAUAAAAUUAACAAGGAAGUGUUACAAAUAAAAAAAUCGACAACAAAAGAAAAGUCUAUCGAUUUCUGGUUGAUAAGAAGGAUUUGGUCUUUAAUUAAACAAGUAGUUCAUAAUCGUGACAUGACGUCGUCCUUACCUUACAGACAAUUAGAAGAUGAUAACAAUGCAGAUGACCAAUUGGAGCUCAAUUCCACAUCGACUGAGAUUAAUGUUUAUCAUGUUGAUGGUACGUAUGAAACAGUUUCAGUAACCCCAAGUACAACAUCCGAGCAAAUAUGUUCCCAAAUAGCCAAAAAAGUUAUCUGCCAAACUUACGACUGGUCAAUUGUGGAAAUUUGGAAAGACGAAGGGAUAGAGAGAACAUUAGAAAAUCACGAAUCUGUGUUAUUAUGUUACCAAAAAAUGGGGCCCGAGAAAAACAGAAUAUUGGUUCUCCGUCUAAGCAACAAAAUGUUUCACAUGUUCAAGCAUCCAGAAGAAUUUUCUCUCUAUAGAACAUGGGAUCUUAAUAAAAAAAAAGAAACUAAAGUCAUACAGAAAGUUCUUAAUGGUGACAUUUGUCCAUUACAUUUUGGUCAAGUAUGGGUUUAUGAUUGUAAUAAAACAAAACCCUUUUGGGAUAUAACAGUUUUGUUACUCAAGGAUAAAAAUCUGUAUCUCUCAUCAAAUCACAAAAACAUAGUACCACUCAUUAGGAGAGCCGGAAUUAGCUGCUUUCUCAACAGUAUUAUGUUUGGAACACGAGAUAAAUGUCAAGUACAAGUCUGGGCUUAUUUAGGUGACUUUAGAAUAUUCACCACUAAUAAGAGAGUACCAGGUUCUCCUACAGAUCAUUGCCUAUGUUUGGUGCCCGCUAGUGGCAUAAAGCAGUACAUUGCGUGCAGUUCCGAUAAAACUCAAUCUUAUUGGAUGUGCGCUAUGAGAUUGUCGAAAUAUGGAAAGCAAUUAAGAGACAACUAUCGAUCAUUUGUGAAGAAGCAUAACGAUACUAAUGAAUAUGAAUAUAAUAAGAAACCAUUGCCCAAUGAGAGUGUACGGUCCCACGUAGCUAUGGACUUCUCUGGUAAUGUUGGUCGUAUUGUAGAAGAUCCCAAAGAAGCACUUGCCAUUGCUCAAGCAGAGACUGGUAGUGUGCGACGAAGCUGGCGAUCCAGUGGUCGAACAACUCCUGGUCUUCAAACGGCUAUCACAAAACUUGAAAAUGAUAUUCACUUAUCUCAGCCAUGGUAUCAUAAAAAUAUGAGCCGUGAUCAAGCUGCCAAUGUCCUUAAUGGACUUGGGAAUAAAGAUGGGGUAUUUUUAAUACGAGAAAGCAAAAGUAAAUGUGGAUCAUAUGUACUAACAUUUAAAUGCGGUGGUAAAAUUAUCCAUACACCUAUUGUAGCACAAAUGGAUCCAAUUAAUGAUCAAGUUUGUUUUACACUAGACAAUGGUGUGAUCAAAUUUUAUGACCUUUUACAACUAGUAGAGUUUUAUCAAUUAAAUGCAGGUAGUCUGCCCACCCGACUGAUGCAUUAUGUUGUCCAAGUACCAGUCACCAAAUGAAAUUUGCAUUAAUACAAUGCACAGACGACAUACACAGUUCCUGUUGACACAAAAUAUUCUCAUCCAAAAGGUGUGUGACCUAUAAAAUAAUAACACAAUUCUACAGGUAAAAUACCUACGGUUUAGGUAUUUUAAUUAUUUCGACCAUCAAAUUACUAAUUAUUUAUCUUUUUCUUUUUUCUCUUUUUCUUUUUCUAACGUACCAUAACGUUAUUGUAAAAAAUUUGACUGAAUCGUUAAAAAAACAUCUACCGUUUGCACUGUUCAAACUCAAAAAUUUUAUAUUUCAGUGUUACAAUUAGUUAUUAAUGUGUUAUCCUAAUGGAUAUAAUUAUUUUGCGCGAUCAGUUCCUAGAUUAACUAGUUCGUAACAUUCAAUCAAGCACCUUUAGGACUUAUUAUUUAAUUGUAAUAUUAGAGAGAAUAAUAAUAAUAAAAAUCAUUAAUAAUUAUUGUCAUUUAAAAUAUAAUAUAAUAUUUAUAUUGUGAUAACUUUUGUCUUGCAUUUAAGCAUGACAGACCAAAUAUUUAGCAUGUAAGCUUACCUAAUAUUAAAUGGAAAAUAACAUAUUCUAUUUAACUUAUUUAACAUGGUAUUCAGUAGUCAAUGUAAAAGCAAUAAUAAUUGUUAUUAUGAACUUUGUAAUAUCCGUCAAAAACAAAAAAUUUAA